AUGAGGAAGAAAAAAUUGAUUCUUGUUGCAUUCCCUUCUCUUGCCGUAGUCCUCUUCAUCUUCAUCAUCUUCUUCAGUAUCCGCUUAAAGUCCCCUUCUUCAACUGCAACAAAAAGUAUCAUUAUACUGCAGGACACAUCCCAUCUAGAGUCGCAGUUCAGCCUUUUGAUAGGAAUUCUUACUCGUCCAGACAAUUAUGAACGUCGCCAUUUCCUCCGCCUCAUCUACGGGAUUCAAUCCUCUCCCAUAGCCAAGAUUGAUGUGAAGUUCGUAUUCUGCAAACUCACCAAGCCCGAACAAAGAACUUACGUUGCUCUUGAGAUCAUGCGCUUUCGCGACAUUAUCAUCCUUAAUUGUACCGAGAACAUGAACAGUGGAAAAACUUAUGCUUAUUUCUCUAGCCUACCAAGAAUCUUGCCACAGCAUUAUGACUAUGUCAUGAAAGCCGAUGAUGAUGUUUUCUUGAGGCUUGUGCCGUUGGCAUUGUCUCUCCAGCCAUUACCAAGAUCGGAUAUGUAUUAUGGAUUCGUCAUUCCUUGUCCAAGCAUGAACCCGUUUGUGCAUUACAUGUCAGGAAUGGGAUUUAUUCUGUCUUGGGACCUUGUCCAGUGGAUCGCAGUUUCCGACAUUCCUGCAAAUGAUACCUUUGGUCCUGAAGAUAAGCUUGUUGGAAAAUGGCUGGAUAUGGGGAAAAAGGCAAUGAACAGGUUUUCUAAUAAGCCAGCAAUGUAUGACUAUCCAGGAACUAAUAGCAGGUGCUCACAUGAUCUCAUUCCUGACACCAUUGCAGUUCACCGGCUAAAAAAGUGGGAACAAUGGUUUCACGUGCUCAGUUUCUUUAAUGUAACUGAAGAGCUUGAAAAAUCCAAUCUUUACAGUGUAUGA